ACAGAGGGCGCUGCAAAAUAUCUUUUCUCAAAAUUCACCUCUUGCAUCUUCUACAGCAGCAUCCAGGACAAUGAAAGAACCGACUUACUGAUUUGUGAUGGACCUGUACGAAAGCGGCCAUGCCCGAACCUACACGAAAUCGGAGAAAAGUGCUUCUGCUGUCAGUCGCAUGCCCUGGGCUCGCUUCUCCUGCUGGGUGGAGUGCGUCUGUGUCGUCACUUUCGAUUUGGAGCUCGGCCAGGCCAUUGAGCUUGUAUAUCCUCAUGACACUAAACUCACAGAGAAAGAGAAAACAAAUAUUUGCUACCUUUCCUUUCCUGAUUCCUAUUCAGGUUGCCUUGGAGAUACUCAGUUCAGUUUCCGGGUUCGGCAGUCUGUAGGACAGAAAUCCUCAUGGUUUUGUGAAGAAGAUAUCUAUAGCAGAGAAGCACCGGUUACACUCCAGAAAGAUCCAGGGCAUUAUUAUGGCUAUGUUUACUUCAGACAAGUAAAAGAUACCACUGUGAAAAGAGGAUAUUUUCAAAAGUCUCUUGUUGUGAUUUCAAGACUACCAUAUGUGAAUCUUUUCCAGUCCUUAUUGCAGCUUAUUGCACCAGAAUACUUUGAAAAACUAGACCCUUGCCUGGAAGCAGUGUGCAAUGAAAUCGAUCAGUGGCCAGCCCCAAUCCCUGGUCAGACUCUUAAUUUGCCAGUUAUGGGGGUGGUCAUACAGGUGAGAAUUCCUUCAAAGAAUGACAAACCUGGUUCCAGCCCUCUAAAGCAGGCCUAUCAGGAGAAUCUUCUACCAGCUCCUAUGGUGUUACCUACUGUAAAUGAACUGGAUCUUUUUAAAUGUUUCCAGUCAUUAUUAAUUCACAUUCAAAUGCUGUGGGAACUCAUGCUGCUUGGAGAACCAAUUGUUAUUAUGGCCCCCUCUCCAACCAUCUCAUCAGAAACUGUUCUUGCACUUUCGAGCUGUAUUGCACCUUUAAAAUACUGCUGUGAUUAUCGACCUUAUUUUACAAUUCAUGAUAGCGAGUUCAAAGAGUAUACAACCCGAACACAAGCACCGCCAAAUGUUAUAUUAGGGGUAACAAACCCUUUUUUUAUAAAAACGUUCCAGUAUUGGCCCCAUAUUAUCCGUAUUGGAGAGUUAAAAAUGUCUGGUGAUUUGCCAAAACAAGUAAAAGUGAAGAAGCUAGCAAAGCUGAAGACUUUGGACACAAAACCGGGUGUGUAUACCUCUUACAAAACCUACCUUCACAAGGAUAAGGCACUAAUCAAAAGGCUUUUAAAAGGAAUUCAGAGGAAAAGACCAUCAGAAGUACAGAGUGCCAUUUUAAGAAGACAUUUGCUGGAGCUAACACAGAGUUUCAUCAUACCAUUGGAACGCUACAUGGCAAGUCUGAUGCCGUUGCAGAAGGCCAUAAUGCCUUGGAAGAAUCCACCACAGAUUAGGUCUUUCAGUCGGGAAGAAUUUAUGAAGACACUUGAACAUUCUGGUCCUCAGCUCACUUCUGUUCUUAAAGGAGACUGGAUGGGGCUUUACAGGCGAUUCUUCAGGUCACCGAACUUUGAUGGUUGGUACCGGUUGCGACAUAAAGAAAUGUCUCACAAACUGGAGUCACUUCACUUGGAAGUCCUUUGUGAAGCUGACCUGUUAUUAUGGAUUAAGGAUAAAUCUGAAGUUGAAAUUGUCGAUUUAGUUUUGAAAUUACGGGAAAAACUGGUAAAAGCUCAUCAUCAGCAACUUCCUGUGAAAGAGGAGGUGUUACAGAAGCUGGAGUCGUAUAUUCAGACUAUUAUCACUUCUCUUCCUGAAGACCUGCAAGCUGUCCUUAAAAGACAUUGAUAACAAAGCUAAAAUGAAAUACACAUUAAAAUUACGUUUUUUUGUUGUUGUUUACAAAAACAUAUAUGUGUUUAAUUAAUUUAUUGUUCCUUGAAAUUUGGAUAUAGGAACAAUGUGCUAUGCUAAAAACCUUUUGUUUAUUAGAAAAUGAAACAACAGUUUUUGGAUAAGGUUCUUGUUUCAGAGUAUGUACAGUGCUUUAAUUUUUAUAAAAGAAAAAAGAUAGUUGUCUUAUUUUUAAGGUUUUGUGGAAUCUUCAAAUCUCAAACUGGCAGUAUUUUGAAAGAACUACAUGAACAAAAAUUGAGCUGCAUUGUAGAGCUGAAUGGUCUGCUCUUGUCAAAACUUUUUUUAUGAUCUUAUUGCCGCAGUAUGAUAUGUAUAAUUUAAUUUGAUUUCUUUUUUAAAUUAGUAUAUUUGUUAUUCUAAUUAUAUAAUUGAUUAUGAUUCUUGAUACAUUAUGUAAAGUUUAUUAUAUUUGUUUAUUGUGUUAACUGAUUUUAAGACAUUGAAAUGAAAUUUCAGCCUAACAUUACUAGCUCUUUUACCUGGCAACUCUGAACUGGACCAUGUGUAUAAGUGUGCCCUGCAUUAGACUGGCACGCCAAAAAGGGCUGGCUACAACUUUAUACAUGAUGUGGCCAGGAUAGGAUCACCCAGCCACCCUGAUUGCAAAGUAUGGUGGGCAACUGAUGGAUGGAUGGAUAGGCAGAUAUAAAGGAGCAAAUUGUUUCCUUGAAUGUUUUCUUAAUUUGAUUGCUAGCAUUCGCCAAACUUAGUGCUGCCACGCAUAAUGGCUUUCUCAGGAAAUUAAUUUCUCUGGCAUUUCAUCAUUAACCUUGCAAGUGAAUUCAGUUUCAAACUGUAAAGGGGAAUAUGCUGCACUUCCUUGACAUGCAGCCUGCUUCUACAUAUUGUGAAGGGGAUGGGUGAGAAUUCAUUUUCAGAUGUUUUUGCAAAAAUGCAUCUAUUACUCAUUUACUAUUAUGUAACAAACACUUCUUGAGGUCUUCAUAACACUUACAAGGCAUCAGUAAAGUGUUUAUUCAACUCUGCAAUGGGACCUACUAACAGAACAUCACUUUGGAGUGGUCUGAGGUGGCUUAACUCAGACAUGUAUCUCUUGAUAUCACAUACAGUAUUUAGGAUAAGACCUGUGAAUUCUUUAUAUUAACAAGUAAUUUUACCAUCAUGUCAAUAUGCCACACUGCGCAGAAACAAAUAACCUAUUGUAGCUAAUAUGUUAUAAGUGUUAUAAUGACCAAAAAAGCAUUUGGUGGGGUCUUUUUACAUAAGAGUACAUGAGUAAUAGAUUAAUUUUUGCAAUACCUAAACUAAAGUGGUACCCUAAUUUUUCUUCCAGGUACUUUAGUUUGUGUAAACUUGAUUGAUGAUUUUUAUUUUGCCCAGGGUGAGUGAGACUGUGUGUGCCCUGUAGUGAAGUAGUCACCCAAUUUGUCAGCAUAGGCUCCAGGCCUCUGCGACUGUAAGUUUGAAUAAGCAGGUUGGAAAGUGGAUGUCUGGGUGGAUAAUUAAAGUCGAUGCCAGCUGCAAUAUUAAAAGAAGUUACAAUGGAGGCUAGUUAAAUGGAAAAAUAACUUACAGAGAACAGCAGAACCAUGGAAAAACUUACUUAACAGUACAGAAAUUAGCAAAACAAUUCAAUGCCAGCUUAUUAAUAUUUUAGAAACUUUACAGGAAAAAGGAUGUGAAAUGUUGGCCUAUGCAGAAUGCUAAGUUCUUAUCAAAACUCUCUCUUUAUAUUUUUUAGAAGUUUCUUUUGUAGAUUGAUUGUCUAAUUUUUAAAAUGAUAAGCUGACACGUUGUCGUUGCGUGAUCCUAGUUUGGUACAACCUAGUUGGGGCUGCAUAUGUGUACAGUUUGAAACACUGGUGAUGCCUGAAAAUACUGUAUUGUAUUUAACUCAUAGUCUCUUGAGAUGUUAGACAAUUCAGUGCAUAUAUAUUUCAGUCAUUCGUGCUGGAACAUGCAGUUUUUGAUCAGCACCUUCUUGGAGCUAAUAAGUACAUCCCUGUAUAUGUGAAAAAAGAGCUGCACCAGUAUCUAUAGAAGCACAACACAUUGUGAAUGCUGGUCAGUGAAUGCAGUGGACCUGCACAUUACCUUACAAACUGGUGGGUGGAAGGGGACAAAGGUUUGGAAUCAUUUUCGACUUUUCCACUUAUAUUUUAGCUGUUUUUGCUUGCAGCUGAUUAUGUAUAAUAAUUAAUAAAAACAGAUAGUAUGGAAUGUGCAAGUUCAGGCAAAUCAUUUGUUUAGACUUGACAUUCAUAAGAUCUCCUGGUAUAUGUACAGUGAGUUUUUGUUCAAGUUCUGUGGUUAGAUUUAAGCCCAAUAGGUAUCUUUCUUGAUAUGUUUCUGUUUUGUUGUUGAAUAUUCCUGAAGUGAAUGCUGUUACAAAUAUUUUGAUUUGUUGGUAAAUGUUUCCAUCAUUGUAUCUAAUUAGAAGAGAAGGGACAAGCCUUUAUUCGUAUGAUAUAUUUGCAUCAAACAGUACAUCACCUGAGACCCUAAAGUGGAUUGUGUCCUUGAAAUGUUAUAGUACGUCCUAAAUAUUUUACUAAAUGUUUGGCUGUUGAACCUGAUCUAAAGCAAGUCUGCUAUUUGCUCUUGACAGUCAGUUGUUUGGCUUUGAAUGAAUUUAGAAUGUUUGAAGAUCUUUUGCUUUUUAAUGAUUUUUCUAAUUUUGCCUUUUCUCCUGUGUUUUAAUACUGAGAAAACAAACUUCUUAAGUGAUGUGUUGCUUAGCCACUCUACAGGUCGCGAACUGUGAUGUGGUAUAAGCAUAUGUCUUGUUCCUAUGGACACUGUAAACUUUAAACUUGUAGAGGCUGUUCUUUUGGUCCCUGGGUGCAGUUCAUAGGCCUUGCUGCCAUGAUUCCACCCACCUCUUGGACUCUAAAGUAGUUAUGAUGUGUCAUUUCAAAACAUUCCCUAACACCUCUUUAUGAAGAAAAAAUUGUUUUAUUUCUUUUGCAUUUUACAGUGUUUUGCUGUGUUUGCCGAUUUUCCUGCUUAUAUAUUUACAGCUGUUCCUUUACACAGAAAACAACAGAGCUCCCCACACCUUCUCUCCUCUGAAAAGUGUCAUAAACUGUCUUGUGUGGUAGAAUCGGAUAAACAGGCACGAAAAUGUUUCAAAAAGCCUUAACUUGGAGACAUUCAUUGUGUGAUGAUCUGAAUGUUUUAAAUGCCAAUCCAAUGCAAUACAGGAGAGAAAUGAAUGGCACAACAACCCUGUACAAUAGCCAAACCAAAGUUUCAUUACAAAAUGGUGCCAUGAUAUGACCUUUUAAAGUGAAAUAAGGUUAUUGCUUAAAGAAGUGAGAGAAGUCAUACAAGUGCAAGGCACUAGCUGUAAAGUAAUCAAUGCUUUUGAUAAGAACAUUUUCUUUUCCAAUGUAUGUAUAUUUAAGCUCCUCAUGUAAAUAAGCAAAUGUGAAUAAAUGGAGCUCACUGGUAACACCAACAGGUUUAAAUACUGUAUACUGUACUGUAAUAAUUUGAAUCAGGUGCCUCUACAUGUGUGCAAAUAAUUUACUUUAAGUAAAAUGUUUUUUAAGAUAUUAUCCGUGCAAAACAUGAAUAUGUUAAAUGUCCUCAGAGAACAGCUGUUUUAAAACAUCUAUGGUAAUUGUGUUGUCCCAGCAAUUUACCAUAUGUUGUUUUGCUGCAUUUUGCACUUCUUUUAAAACUUUAUUAUAUUCUGAAGAUGGUAUUUUGUAGUAGCGUAAAACAGACUUGACUGUGUAAAGCCUAUAAGUUGACUUAUUGUACUGUAGUCUACAUUAAAAAUGGUAGUCUGCUGUUUUAAACUGAAGCCAAUGUUACAUGAGAUUGUACAAUAAUAAAGCAAAGUGAUUGCUAUCAAAAUGCCUUAUUUAUUCCUGAUUUCAUAAAAUCUGAAGGUGGAUGAAUGCCCAGUAAAUCAGAGUCAAGUUUGUCUUUUCAUUCACAUCUAGAGCCACACAGUGCAGUUCAGGAUCAGACAUAAAGGGUGAUUAGAGUGAGUACACUCACGUACACCCCACGUAUGCUCAUUGACAUUCGUGAAGUGAGUUACCAUACAGUGGAACUGAAGAUCACACCUUGCUGCCAUUAACAGUCAAGUAAAAAUAUUUUGGAAACAAAUAGGUAAAAAGAAAGUGAUAAACUGUUCAACUCAAUAAUAUGCUCUCAUUAAAACUUCAUUCAAAUUGUAAACUUCUUGUAUCUGAAAACCUAUGAGACUCUGUAAGCAACUGAGUUGCUUCUGUUGCAAACACAUAAGGUGCCAGGAUGGAAAAACAGGCUGUUGUCCUAUUAAGCGCAGUUCAAAAAUGGCCAACAGAUUAUGUGUCCACUGGAGUUUAUGUGUACUUUUUGUUUUGUUGUUUUUGAAAUUACUUUUCAUGUUUUUAUGUAAUUUCUAUUUAUGAUUUAACAUUUAUGUAUUGUCUCUUUAAAUAAUCUUAUGCUGUUUGUAUUCUGUAGUUUGAACCGUCAAAGACAGGGCUACCUUGAUAUAACUGUUGCUGGGUCCUCCUUCUGCGUUUGUAAGGCCCACACACUGAGUUAGUAUCAGAGGUUAUGAAUAUUGUUUUUCUUUUUUAUUCAUGUUUAUUGGAUUCUCCCUGCCAUUUCUGGGAUUUAAAUUAGGAAUGCAUUUUUGUGGCUUGUUUGUUUUGGAUUGCCCUUUAGACAAAUCCUUUUUAUUCCUUUUUACUUAUUUUUAUUAAUCCUAAUUCUAUAAACAUUCAUUGUUACCCUUUGGUGAACAAGGCAGAGUUUUAAGAAUUUCUCUCUCUUUAUGAGUUUUUUUGAGAUCUUUGUAAUAUUUUUUAAUUUUAACAUUAGAGUCCCUG